CCGAGAGUCAUCUCCUGUCACAGAGAGAUCAUCGCGACAACAACAGCUCUGCCGUUUCCCUGCCUCCACACUUUUGAUCCGACCAAAUCCACUUUGGCCCGAUCAAGAGUUACUUUGCCAGCUGCGCAUCUCCUUCGGACAUCUGACACGUCUCGAAGCACACCUACGUCAACAAAGGUCAACAAGGCAAUCAUGGCAUCUGCUGUUCGCGAUAUCACUACGACCUCCCUCGGCCGAGACAACUUAACUGCUGUAGCGGCCCGGAGUGUCCCUGUGACGGCAACUCACCCGAUCCCCCUCCCUACUCCUCCCAACUCCAUGUCCCCUACACUGCCUCCCCAUGGGCUCAAGGCCCAGCUUCAGAGAGCUCGGAUGGACCAACACGUCGACUCGGAUCUGGACCUCCAUGGCGAUCACGACACCGAUCACAACGGUAGUGCCGGUUCUCCCCCAUACGAGUCGGCCGGCAUCAACGCUGCCAUGUUGGCCAAGUUCCAUCUACCAGAAAUCCUCUUGAACCACGGUCCGCUUGCGAUCCGUCAUAUCAUGGGUUAUCUCACGAGCUCUAUCCCUGGCUUUGCUGAGAUUCCUCCGACAAAGGCUCGGAGGUUGGUUGUGGGUGCUUUGGAAGGUCGAGGAAGUGGAGGCGAAGGCGGCGGUCUGGACGGUGACGUACAAUUCGAGAAGGUGGGCUGGGGAAUAUGGCAAGCCAGGAGGUGUGGCCAGCCCUCCGGGUAUAUGGCAGCACGCCGAGCAUCGCCACACGGUGACAGUCAACCCGCAAGUAUUCCCAUCACCAGGAAUGGCGGUUGGAACCUGGAUCGCUUGCGCAUCGCAGCGGCUGGUUCCCUCGACGGUGAAUCUUGCGCGGCAUUCUCCUUUGACGAUCGGUCUAUGCACAUGAUGGACCACGAAGUGGACAGGAUGUCCUUGGAUGGUUCGGCGUCGGCCUCCUGCUCAGAGGCACCUGAUGACGACGAUGAUAUUGCUAUGGAUGACGACACGGAAGACGCGACAGAUGAUGAAGACUGGGCCGCUGUUGGUGCGGCUGCGCUUCGUGCGACUUCAUAUCAAGCCCCAUCAGACCGGUUCCUCAACGCGAACAGUGUCUACGCUACUGGUGGGCUACGGUCAUUCUCUUCAUCAGUGGGAAUGGCACGCUCGCCACAGUUCCGCACCUUCAACUUUGCAACAACAACACCCGCAUUGACGACCCCGUCAGAUGCGCAAGAAAGGGAGGCCGUCGAGGCUCUCCUUCGACUUGGAUCCGUAUAAUACCACACACAUGCAUGGCUCGGCGUUCAACAAGGGGCAGGGCAUAACAUUAGGCACCCAAUUGGGCGCUGGCGGUCAUUUGAGGGAUUUCUGGCAUCUCUUUUCGCUGGGCACGAAACUUGGUUUCCGUGCUCGGGAUUUGGAGCCACAUCUACCAGGUUUCUUCACUCAUACACGACCAAAGACGGCGCCAUCUCGCCAACAAAGCAUUCAUAUCGACUUUUGACUUCAUCGGCUUUUUACUCUUGCUACGAGGCGUUUGGCGUCUCAACGAUCACACUCAACUCAACUUCGCUUCUUAUGCUAUCCCUGGAGGAGAACAUCUUGGCUACCAGACGCUCGGGUUUCCACCACAGUGAGCUCUAAUCCACCUGAUCGGCCAGAGCUGGAGAUUGGCAAGUUUUACAUAAUUGCCUUGCCUCUCGUCACACGGGACGCCGUGGAUCUGAAUAGCCUUUCCACGUUUGCUUCGAGAGGCACCUUGCAUAAACCACUUGGCCCGCUUUGGAAGUAUCAGUUAGGAGCAAGAUCAUACUAGCCUAGACGUCUUGGCUAUGUCGCCUUGAUUGCUCAGGUUUGCUAUAUCAGCGGCGUUGGUUUCCCUUGCUGGUUGAAAGAAAGUCUUUCACCUACCCCUUGAUACCCUUUUUAGUGCGCCGUCGAAUUUGGAGUUUGCCAUGUUUCCUGGCUUGUGAUAAGGCAACGGAAACAGGCACGCGCGACUGCCGAUUCUGAAUCAGAGGAGACGACGGAACAGUCACCCAAUUCGAGGUUAAUGCUCACCUGGGUGCCGGUCACGGGUUAUCCUGGGGUUUCGUUGUGUACAUGUUUUCCGGUCAACCUUCUGAGGCCGGUAGCCCGUACUUUGAUUAUUCAUUUUUAAAAAGCAGAACACUGGGGCAAGGACGAGAACGUUGCUUAAUUUCUAGGAGAGAUAUGGACAAGGCAGAAAGGACGGCGCGCGAGCGAACAUAAAGACAUACAACUCUGACACAAUUUCCCUAGAACAGGAAAGGAUGAACAGAACAACGAACAAGUAAUGAUGAAUGAAAGCAGGCAUUGCGUGGGCGUGAGAAGCACUUGUUUUAUUCGUUUCACUUUCUUUUUCUGGAACUAUGCUACCAUCACGACUAUACUACUA